GAUAUGUGCCUUUUGUAAGCUUUCAUUGUCGUGUUAUAAAAAAAAAAAUCCUUCCUUUUUUUUUAUUUAUUUUUUUGUCUGGAGGGGGCAAACGAAAUCUAUCGCACUGUAUUUGGUGAGGGACAAGUCGAUUAUAUUUGUUUAAUUUGAGAAAAAGGAAGGAUUUCCGUGACUUUUUGUCUUAAAUUCCCGAAACCUCGUCGAUAUCCAAACGAAUCCAAGACUUUAAAUUCCAGGGAAAUCAAAUGUAUAGUUGAAUAUUAUCUCACGUUCCUGCGUUGGGCUUUUGUCAAUUUACUGUCUUAUCGAUUUGGGUGGGUAAAGUUUGGAGGUUUUUGAGGGGAGGAAACUAGGGUUUGGGUGAUUGGGCGACGGCGAAGUUUAAGGAGAGGUCGAGAAGAUGCAGCAACCACCGCAGAUGAUUCCUAUGGUUCCUUCAUUCCCUCCGACAAACAUUACCACCGAACAGAUCCAAAAGUACCUUGAUGAGAACAAAAAACUGAUCAUGGCGAUUUUGGAGAACCAGAACCUUGGAAAACUUGCAGAAUGUGCCCAGUAUCAAGCUCUUCUCCAGAAGAACUUGAUGUAUCUCCACCCCCACCCAUCCACUCCAGCAGCACCGGCUGUGGCUUCACAGAUGGCAACUCAUGCUGCAAUGCAACCACCAGGCUACUUCAUGCAGCACCCACAAGCCGGAGCCAUGCCUCAACCGGCUGGGUUAUUCCCUCCGAGAGGUAUGUUACAAUUCAACAGUCCUCAUCCGCUUCAAGAACAUCCUCACGCCAUGCAAGGGCACAUCGGAAACCGACCCAUUGGCAUCAACAACAAUGGGCUGCAGCAGCAUUCCAUUCACCACCCAGAAUCCGCUCUUGGGAGCGGCGGAAAUGUGGGCCAGAACGAAGCUCGUGGGGGGAGCAAACAAGAUGGGACUGAUUCUGGUGCUGGGCAGAGUGGAGGUGACGGGCAAGGUGGCGAUGGAAAAUGAUCCAAAGGCAAAGAGGUUUGCUUUUGUUCAUAAUUAGAGAGAAGUUAUCCGCAAGUUGUUUGGUUUCUUUCACGAUGAAGAAUGUUAGGUAGGGUUUUUGAAAAUGAUGAUGAUGGAUUUAGGACAUGCGUUGUGUACGAUAUCAGAGCCAGUUCAGUUCCGUUUGGUGUAAUGAACAGGUUCUGGGA